AUUUUCAUUAACCCCAGAUUGGUGACUCUCGCCAAAGGCGGAACCCUGCAGAGCUGGGGCGAACAGAAACCGAGCAAAGACUUUUAAGGAUCGCGUUCACUCGCCCGCAGCUUGGUGUACUGCUUUUUCUACUAGGGAAAAAAACACACAAAAGCAGCUAAAAGAAGUGGAGGGGGGAAAAAAGAAAAGAAAGCACAAUGAUGCCAAUGCAUUUCUUUUUCUCAGACAAAGUGAUUCUCCUGUUUGACUUCUGGGAUGUCCACAGCCCGGGAGGGAUGGUGCUCUCCGUUUUCCUGAUCAUGCUACUCACCGUGAUAUAUGAAGGUAUCAAGGUUGGCAAGGCAAAACUGAUCCAGCAUUCCCAGACGGCCGUGGCCCCUAGCAUCAGUCAGGAGAACUUGAGAGAAGGGGUCUCCAUGAACUCAGAUGUGGGGCCCACCACCAGCUCUCUAAAGAAGCGUCUCUCGUGGCACCUAGCCGAGACCUUCCUCCACAUGGUACAGGUGUUUUUGGGCUACCUAGUGAUGCUGGCCGUCAUGACUUACAACACGUGGAUUUUCCUGGGCGUGAUUGCUGGUUCAGCCAUCGGAUACUUCGUGGCGUAUCCGCUACUGUGCCUCAGAUAGCAGCGUGGAAGCUUCUUGGAGAGAACGCUCAAGACUGCAAAUCGCCCGGAUUUUGCAACUGGAACGGCUUCUAUGGGGACAAUUCCUCCCCACGAGAGAGCUGAGGAUCUCUUUGAGCUUGAUUUUAUCUCUCGUCUCAGCCGACAGGACAUUGUCCAACUUCUAAUCCUCUAAAGUAGCAACUGUGCUUCCAAUUUCAAGCCAUUUUUUUUUUCCUAAGUGCCUUAAAAAUGACUUUUCUCGUGGCCCAGAAAGUGAAUUUCAAGGAGAGGGCCCUCAUCGCCAUCUAAGAGUACAGUAUGAUUGUCGCAGAGGUUGCCUUCAAGCCCUACCGAAUGUGUUUGGGAUGGGGUAGCUCUGACCAAAUUAUCUUUGGUGCCUCUUAAAGCUCAUCAGCAUAAUUCUAACUUGCUUGGAAAAUAAAGCGGCCAGCGGAAAUGUAGAAAGGCAGGACGGAGGGGCAAAUGUUGCCCCCUAACCUUGAAGGGAGUGAUGGGGAUAAGCAUCCUAUUAUCUAGAGCAGGGGUCCCCAAUCCCCAGUCCGUGGAUCGGUACCGGGCCUCGGCACGCCAGCAACUGGGCCGCACAAACAAGCAAAGCCCCAUCCAUGGGAUGCAGAUAGCACACAAAACCACACACCCUCCGGUCCGUGGAAAAAUCCCUCUCCACGGAACCGGUUUGGGGGCCUCUGAUCUAGAGUAGAGAAUAAGCUUUGCAAGCUUUCCAAGCACACUUGAAAGAAUCCGUUCGCCAACACCACGAUCUGCAGCACUUUUAACAGAUCCGGUCUUUCUAUUCUCAGUGCUUAUUCUGCCCUUUUUUUUAAACUUCUCCCAGAUGUUUUCAUUAAGCCAACGUGCUGUCAAAAUAAGGAGCAGUCAGAUUCUUUACCACCUUUUUCACAGGCUGGAUCACUAACCCGAGGACCUCAGGGCCAAGAAAGAAGAGUCGUGAUCACUAUAUAGGUGUUUUAAAAUAAUGAUUUAGAGGUGGGAAGAGAACGAGACAAAUUCUUAGCGUGUUCAGUCAUGAAGUUGCGGUUUCCUCCGUUUCCGACUCGCAUGUCCAAAAAAGAGAGUUAAGGUGUCACACAUCUGGACAAUAUCAAUAAGGACUAGCGCAAUAGUCUUGGGCUAAAAUUAGCAGAAUAUCCUACUCAAGUUAGAAUGUGAUAGAACUGAGUCCUCUCCAAGCAUUUGCCCUAAAUCUUUGGAAUUGCCAUCUCUAAUAGUCAGUAUAAAUAGGGCCUGGAUGGCAAUUACACGGAUGGGCCAUUUUGAGCAGCCAUUUGUCCGGAACAGUAUAGAUUCUCCUGUUUGAGCAGGGGGUUGGACUAGAAGACCUCCAAGGUCCCUUCCAACUGUUCUUUUGCAUUCAGCGAUGAACAAUUUAACAGGCUAGCAGGCAAAGGUCUGACGUCUUAAUUUACUUGCGUAGUUUUAAGUAAGUUACCUUCACGAAUCUCCUUGCAAUUCUAUGUGUUGAAUUGAUUGGCACCAGUUAUAAAAGUGUUGAGCAUUCCUUUCUGGGGAGUAAAACAUUCCAAGAAAUUCCA